AUGUCGAAUAAAAUGGUGUAUUCUUUGUAACUUGCGAUCCGCAGCAGGUGCCACUUUUACUACUACUGUCCAGACAUGUUUGCGGAGAGUGCGCUGCUGUCAGAAAAAGGGCAAUUUGUUCCUGCCAGCCUGACAUGAAAGCCAAAGUGAAGUAUUAGAAGGAAACUUAAAAAAGCUUUUGUGAAUUGUUGGAUUUGAUAUGUUUGAUAUAUUGAAUCGUUGUUCACAUUGAACGGCUUUUCCCUAAUUGGAUUAUUUUCAUCCAACGUAAGGGAUUCUUUCCUGUAUGGAAUAUCACUUAGGCCAAACGACAAUGAACACUUUGGAGAGACAAAUAUACGUCGAGCAAUUUAAUUUUCCCUUUUGUGAAGAAAUAAACAAGUAUGAUUUACUGGUUAAAAUCGGCCAAGGCACUUUUGGGGAAGUAUUCAAAGCGAGGGAUAAGAAGAACAUUAAGAAGGUCGUAGCUAUGAAGAAAGUAUUAUUGAACAACGAAAAGGAAGGUUUUCCCAUAACUGCUUUGAGAGAAAUAAAGAUUCUGCAGUUACUCAAGCACAAAAAUGUUGUGAAUCUGAUUGAAAUCUGUAGGAAGACAGUACGUUCGGGUAAUCGCUGUCGUUCAACUUUCUAUCUCAUAUUCGAUUUCUGUGAACACGAUCUCGCAGGUUUACUUGCUAAUCCAAACGUGCAAUUCACUCUAGGCGAAAUUAAGAAUGUCAUGCGACAGAUGAUGAAUGGAUUAUACUAUAUUCAUAGCAACAAAAUUUUGCAUCGAGACAUGAAGGCUGCAAAUGUGCUUAUCACAAAGACUGGUCUUCUGAAAUUGGCUGACUUUGGCCUAGCACGAGCUUUUAGUGAUUCAAAAAUUAAUCAGCCGAAUCGGUAUACGAAUAAGGUAGUAACCCUUUGGUAUCGACCACCAGAGUUGUUACUGGGCGAUCGAAAUUAUGGACCACCAGUCGAUUUGUGGGGGGCAGGAUGUAUCAUGGCUGAAAUGUGGACAAGAGCACCAAUCAUGCAAGGAGCUUCAGAGCAACAGCAGCUGACUCUGAUUUCCGAAUUAUGUGGAUCAAUUACCACUGAAGUCUGGCCAAGUGUAGAAUCUCUAGAACUUUUCAAUAAAAUGCAACUGAUUAGCGGUCAAAAGAGAAAAGUGAUAGAAAGGCUCAAAGAACACGUGAACGACGAACUCGCUUGCGACCUAAUGGACAAACUUUUUAUACUGGAUCCCAGCAGACGAAUUGAUUCCGAUGCGGCUUUAGAGCAUGAAUUCUUUUGGGUAGACCCCAUGCCCUGUGAACUAGGUCCAAUGCUAGCAAAACAUGGCCAGAGUAUGUUCGAAUAUUUAGCACCAAGAAGACGAUCACAUUUGCGAAAUCCUCUUCAGGUAAAUGGUGGAUCUUCCAAACCUAGUACGAGUAGUGUGACCGAGAACGAGUACCGGGAUCGUGUUUUCUAACAAAUUCAAAUCCUAAAGACUGCUCCGUUUUGUAUUAUCUCCAGGCCAUGACUUCCUUAAACUUCAGUAUGUCUCUAAUGCGAUCAAAAUUUUAGUUUCUAAGAUAAUUUAUUAAUAUGCUUAUUAUAAUUCCUAAACUAUAUUUUUAGUUAAAAAUUAGCCUCCUUCAAGCUAGACCUGACUUAAGCCAUUUAAGUUCAACCUUUAGUCACUUGAAAUAUUUGAUUUUGCAUAAAUUCUGUGAUCUUGACUCGGUUUUUUGAUUCAAGAUUUAGAUUAGUAAACUCUGUACAUACUAUUUUUCUAUGUUAAAGAGCACAUAAACGUCUUUAGAAUAAUUGCUAUAGUAUACAUUUUAUAAAAUUGUUGCGAAGAGCAU